AUGAGUAUUUAUCAAAAGGAGGACGAGUUGGAUAGGUUGUUGGUGCAACUGAAGGGCCUUUUAAUUAAAUAUGAAAGCCACAGUUCCAGCGCCCAGAGUGACAAGUACGCUGAGGGCCUGCUAAUCUACGAAAAGGUCAAGUGCGCUGAAUCUUUUUACUGUUCAGAGAUCGAGAAGCUCCAGCCGCAGUCUAAAGAGUCACACAAAACGCGUUUGCAGGACAAACAGAAACUGUUGGCCGAAUUGAAGGUCAAGUUGGACCACCUCAAGACUAUCGUCGAGGCCAACGAGGACAAAAAGUUAGAUAAGCUACCAGAUUCCGCAAAACUGCCUUACAGCAAUAAAUUAAUAGUUUGGGGAAACGAAUUACAAGAUAAAACACAAGAUAGCAUCAAUAGAAUCAGGGACUUAACCAUAGAUAGUGAAAAGAUCGGAGCUGACGUCACAUCGGAGCUGGAGCAGCAAAACGAGAGUCUAAACAGGGUCAGAGUGACCAUUCACGGCGUUGACGACAAUAUAGCAUCUGCCAAACAGACAGUUAGAACCAUAGCAAUUUCAAUUUGCAAGGACAAGUGUACUAUUAUUCUAGUGGCCACCAUUGUUCUUCUCAUUGUCGCAAUAGGCCUUUGUUCAUACUUUUUUAAAAACGUUAGAAGAUAA